AUGAGCAAGUACUUGAAUUCAUUUAUUGACCAUGUUUCAGAUUGGUCUUCUCGUGCCUUUGGGGCCAAUUCAUCAAGCGCCAGCCAGGGUGCGUCAAACAAGGAAUUGGAACAAGUUUUUGAACAAAUUAAUGCUAUAGUGGAAAACCACAAUGACAACUUAGCUACUACCUUUGAUAAGAUAUCAUAUCGUGUUGCUCACAAGAUUAUACACUUGGUUGAAAGCCAUUCUUUAGUAUUCAAUUAUGCUACUUUAGUUCUCAUUGCAAGUGCUUUGGUCGCUAUUGGGUCAUUUACGUCUAUUUCUUCUAUUCCAUUUACAGCUCUACCUCCUACUAGGGAACACCCAUUGUUUGAUCCAACAGAUUUUGAUGUGGAUCACGAUUGCCAUGUUAUUUAUAGCGAGGAUGACGAAGAGAAGAAGAAAAAGAAGAAAAGCAAGAGGUUUUUUGAUAUGAUGGAUGAAAAACAUGCAAUUAUACUACCCUUAACUAGCGGUUGUACUCUACUGGCUCUUUAUUUUGUGAUCAAGAAACUACAUCUAAACUGGCUAAAAUAUGUGGCAAAGAUUUUAAAUUUUAAUAUAACACUGUUAAAUAUACCUGCUGCCACAUUUGUCUACUCAUACUUUCUUAACUCACUCUUCAGAAACCUAUCCCAUUUUGCUUCAUGGAAUCCCUUGGUUGUUUUGCCAAGGUACCGUGUGACAAUAGCUGAUGAUAACGAAGACUUGAAUAAAAUAGGUGGGUUUGUUACCAAUUUGAAUUACGAAGAUGUGUUAACCAACUCAGUCGUCCACAAGAAGACAUUAGAUGAGAUUGAAAAAGAUCACUGGAUGAAACACUUUUAUAGAAGAGAGCUACUUGAACCCAAGGAUAUCAAAUCGAAGAGGCAGAUUAGUAACAUGUAUUUGAAUAACGUAUUAAUUGUUUCGUUUGUUCUCUCCGUCAUUUCUACCGCUUAUUUCUAUUUAUCGCCUAAUGAUUGGUUAAUAUCUGAUGCAGUCAGUAUGAAUAUGGCUAUUUGGUCAAUCGCUCAACUAAAAUUGAAAAAUUUGAAAUCAGGGGCCCUAAUUCUAAUUGCUUUGUUUUUUUACGACAUCUACUUUGUUUUUGGUACCGAUGUAAUGGUUACGGUAGCCACUAACCUUCAUAUCCCCGUGAAACUUAGCUUACCAGUAAAGUUUAACACCGCUCAAAACAAUUUCAACUUUUCGAUCCUUGGUCUGGGUGAUAUUGCCUUGCCUGGUAUGUUCAUUGCCAUGUGCUACAAGUAUGACAUUUGGAAAUGGCACCUUGAUCACGAUGACACUGAAUUUCACUUUUUGAACUGGUCAUACGUUGGCAAAUACUUCAUCACUGCUAUGGUUAGUUACAUUGUUUCUUUAAUAUCUGCGAUGGUCUCCUCAUCCAUCUUCAAUACUGCUCAACCGGCUUUAUUGUACAUCGUUCCUUCCUUAUUGAUUAGUACUACUUUAGUGGCCUGCUGGAAUAAAGAUUUCAAGCAAUUCUGGAACUUUCAAUAUGAUACGAUUGAGGUGGAUAAAAGUUUAAAAAAAGCCAUAGAAAACAAGGAGGACUCUAUAACUUAUUCGACUUUUAUCCUAUCAGAAUACUAUGAUGACGCUGACAAGUACGCCUUGCUUGUUGAUGAUGUAACCGAAAAUUUUAAUGACGAUGAAGAGUUCGUGCAAGAGGAAGAUUUCAAUGACAGUUCUGAGGAAGAGCUUUCUGAAGAAGAGCUUUCUGAGGAAGAUCCCUUGGAUGACGAAUCUUCUUGA